AUGAAGUCAAAUAGCAAUUUAAGAGAACAAAUCUUAGAACUUUCUAAACAAAAUAAGGCUAAGAAAAAGUCGCUAGACAAAACUAUUGAAGAAGAAAAAAGCAGAAUCUCUCUGUGAAACAUCGAAAACGCAGAAAAAAUAAAGUAAUUUUAUAUCAGGCUGCAUAUAAAAAAGAAAAAUUCGUUAGAAGACCGAAUCAUACAAAAAAUUUUCCCAAUUCCUAAAAAUAACGAUAUUUCUCCUUAUACAUCACUUGAUUAUGGCUAUCCAAAAGAAGAAAAAGUGCCUUUAUACAACCAAAAUAUCAAAAAAUUCCAGAGCUUCAGCCUGGCAAGUCCAGUAAGUGAAAUUAAAACUGAACGAAAAUCUGAGGUAAAAAUAUCUGCAAGAAGGGGUCAUUCUCUGUCUCAAAGUCGUGGAAUGUCACCAAAACUGAAUAAAAAUAGAGAAAAUAGUAGCUCACACAGCUCUCUAUCUUACAGAGGCAGCUGAAAAAUUAACAGGAAAAACAGCAAAGAAAAGCUAGUUCAUUCAAAAUUCAGUGUAUAUCAAUCUGCCAUGAAAAAUUUCCGAGUGAAAAAUAUUCGCGACAAAGAAAAGCAAGACAUCAAUAAAUCUCUUGAUCACAUAAAUGAAGUAAUACAAAAGUCGAAACAAAACAGAAUAAAGAGACAGAUUUAA